AUGGAGAAGACCAGACCGUUUCUUGAAAUACUAAAUAUUCUCACUUUCGAUUUUCUGUCGAAAAUGGCAGUUGUUGCAACUCACUUCAUCAGAGGGCUUCUCCUCUUUCUCCUCCCAACCCUGAGCUUCCUCUCUCUAAUCUCUUUCGCCACCUCCGAAAUUUUCUUCGAAGAGAAAUUCGAUGAUGACUGGAAAACCCGUUGGGUUAUAUCUGAUUGGAAGAGAGCUGAAGGGAAAGCUGGUCUGUUCAAACACACAGCUGGAAAAUGGGCUGCAGAUCCUAACGACAAAGGGAUACAAACAUAUAAUGAUGCAAAACAUUAUGCUGUAUCUUCGAAGAUACCAGAGUUUAGUAAUAGAGACAGAACCCUAGUGGUUCAGUAUUCUAUAAAGCUUGAACAAGACAUAGAAUGUGGUGGAGGUUAUAUUAAACUUCUAUCUGGUUAUGUAAAUCAGAAGAAAUUUGGUGGUGAUACUCCUUACAGCUUGAUGUUUGGACCAGAUAUAUGUGGCACACAGAAAAAAAGUCUCCAUGUUUUAUUUUCUUAUCAGGGGCAGAAUUAUCCGAUAAAGAAGGAUAUACAAUGUGAAACUGACAAAUUAACACAUUUUUACACAUUUAUUUUAAGACCUGAUGCAACUUAUAGUGUUCUUGUUGAUAAUCGAGAAAGAGAAUCCGGAAGUUUAUAUACUGAUUGGGAUAUCUUUCCACCAAGGAAAAUUAAAGAUGUUCAUGCUAAGAGGCCAAAAAAUUGGGAUGAUAGAGAAUAUAUAGUUGAUCCCAAUGACGUAAAACCAGAGGGAUAUGAUUCAAUUCCAGCUGAGAUCCCCGAUCCAAAGGCUAGAAAGCCUGCUGAUUGGGAUGACGAAGAUGAUGGUUUAUGGAAGGCAAAGAAGAUUCCAAAUCCAGCAUACAAAGGACCUUGGAAACCAAAAAAAAUCAAGAACCCUAACUAUAAGGGAAAAUGGAAAAUCCCAUGGAUUGACAACCCAGGUACUGUCAUAACUCAUAUGAUAAUCUCCUAUUGAAUUAUCAAAAUGAUA